UUCUUCUUCUUCUUCUUUUUUCUUUUCUUUUUCCUCCCCUUCUUAAUUUGUUCCGUCACCCAAGAUUGGGAGCAGCCGGCAGCGGAAAAUCGAGGCGGUGGUCAGGGGUGUGGCGGCCGGAUCCGAACAGAUCUAAUGUCUCCCCUUCUUAUUUUUUCCCGUCACCCAAGAUUGGGAGCACCGGAAAACCGAGGCGGUGGUCGGAGGUGUGUGGCGGCCGGAUCCGGACAGGUCUAAUGUAGUAUAAUCUCCAUCACCUCCGCCCAUUUAAUUUUUCUUUUUUCCCAAAGCUUCCCAUAUUUGUUCAUAGUUCUAACUAUAAAUUUCCCAGAUUUCCCCAAUUCCUCAAUUUAAUUUUAUGUGUAAGAAAGUUAAUUUUUGUGGUAAUAAUGGUUGAAGGAGAUGUAUGAGGGUUCACAGAAGGAAGUGAGGAUUGAGGAUCGGAAGAGAGUAGGCAUAAGGGUAAUAUGGGAAAGUCAAAGACAAUUUCAACUUUUCUUAAAGUGCGUGCCGGGUCAAACCGAGAACUUCUUUUUUGGACGGAGGGAGUAUUUAAAAUCUAAAUGAAAUAUAAGUAAUAAAAAAAUACCUGAGAAAUGUUGAAGGUUAGGGAGUAGUGUGAAAAUAGGUUGAAUUUGAAAAGUGAGUAAAGUAGUGGGUGAAAGGGUGGUUUAAAUAAAAAAAAAGUGAGUGAUAAUUAAGAAGAUGAAGGGGUGGGUGAAGUUGGAUGGUUGGGAAGGAGGUGGUUGAAACAUGUGGUGGAGAGGAAAAGGUGGGAAGUGGAAAAGGCUACCUCCCCCUACCUUCCUCUACCUUCCCCGAUUUGAUUCCCCAAACAAGGGUACAGAUGUACAAUCCCACGCAGAGACUGUGUAGUCUUCGGUGGUUCAUCAUCUCCCUCACCCAUUGCUCGGACAUAGAUUCUGAACCCUAUACUUUGCCUGCCUGUUCCCGUACCCCCACCGUCUAAGGCGGCCCGGGACACCACCGGAGCAGCUCAUUUCUCGGAGGCUGCAUGAGUAGUUUCACGGCGGAAGGAUCAGUUGAAGCGGAGCAGCGGUGCUUCAAGGGCGCGGAUCCAUGGGCGUGUCUAUUGUUUCUCAUGCUUGGUCACCGGUUCAAUUCACACUCGUUCAAGAUCGUUUUGUGGCGCGGCCUUGCUUUGGAGUACGCCAUUGCUUCUCUUCUCGCCUGCGGUUGAUUCCCCUCUUUACCCCCCUGAGGUACCUGCUUUGCUUUUCACUC